CCUCCUCUUCCAGUCACAGGCUUUAAAACUUGUUAAAAGCUCUCCCCGCGUUCCAAGUUAGAAAAAAGUUUUACGAGGUAUCAGCACUUUUCUUUCAAGGCAGGAUGAAAAAUACAAAGCGCUAGACUUUUAAAGUUUAAAUAGACAGGUCUGAGUGCCUGAACGUGCUCUUCCAUUUUACUUUAACCCUCCAAGAAGUAUUCUGAUCCAGUUUCACUGCUGAUCAGCAAGGCCAACAUCCUGUGAAGAUGGGUGAUUGGAGUGCCUUGGGAAAACUUCUUGACAAGGUUCAAGCCUACUCUACUGCAGGAGGGAAAGUAUGGCUGUCUGUCCUCUUUAUUUUCCGAAUCUUGCUGCUGGGGACAGCAGUCGAAUCUGCUUGGGGAGAUGAACAAUCAGCUUUCCGGUGCAACACUCAACAGCCUGGUUGUGAGAACGUCUGCUAUGACAAGUCCUUCCCCAUCUCCCAUGUACGCUUCUGGGUUCUGCAGAUCAUAUUUGUGUCUGUACCUACCCUUUUGUACCUAGCACACGUGUUCUAUGUAAUGAGGAAAGAAGAGAAACUGAACAAAAGAGAAGAAGAGCUCAAGGUGGUUCAAAAUGAUGGUGUGAAUGUGGAUAUGCACCUCAAGCAAAUAGAAAUUAAGAAAUUCAAGUAUGGGAUUGAAGAGCAUGGCAAAGUGAAGAUGCGUGGGGGACUGCUCCGUACUUACAUCAUCAGCAUCUUGUUUAAAUCUGUCUUUGAGGUGGCUUUCUUGCUUAUACAGUGGUACAUUUAUGGGUUUAGCCUGAAUGCCAUCUACACCUGUGAGCGAGACCCGUGCCCGCACAGAGUGGACUGUUUCCUCUCCCGUCCAACUGAGAAAACCAUCUUCAUCCUCUUCAUGCUGGUCGUGUCUCUGGUGUCUCUUGCCUUGAACAUCAUUGAGCUUUUCUACGUGUUCUUCAAGGGUGUCAAGGAUCGUGUGAAAGGGAAAACCGACCCAUACUCCCACAGUGGUGCCAUGAGCCCUUCUAAGGACUGCGGCUCCCCCAAAUACGCUUAUUACAAUGGCUGCUCCUCCCCGACUGCCCCCUUGUCUCCCAUGUCUCCUCCAGGGUACAAGCUCGUUACUGGAGACAGAAACAAUUCCUCCUGUCGUAACUACAAUAAGCAAGCCAGCGAGCAAAACUGGGCCAACUACAGCGCGGAGCAGAACAGAAUGGGGCAGGCUGGCAGCACCAUCUCCAACUCGCACGCCCAGCCCUUCGACUUCUCUGAUGAGCACCAGAACACUAAAAAACUGGCGUCGGGACAUGAGCUGCAACCUCUCACCAUCGUGGACCAGAGACCUCCCAGCAGAGCCAGCAGCCGAGCCAGCAGCAGACCUCGACCUGACGACCUGGAGAUCUAAGCUUCUAGCUGCAAUACUUGUUCAACUAUGAAAUGACAUGCAUUGAAAGAUGCAGUCAGUGCUGAUCUUGUUCCAGUCGAGGUGGUACUUAAGUCUCAAGCAGGAGAUUUUAACAAUCAUAAAAACAAACAAGCAAACAAACUUUUAAAAUACUUGCUGUUUUUGGGGGGGAUGUGGGGUUGGUGUGGGGUGGUACAGUACACAUUGGUAUUUAAUGUAGCUGGUUUAAAGAAUUUAAAUACUAAAAAAA